GUUGUGUGAUGACGUGUCAUGACUUCGAACCCCGUUCAAAGAUACCCGGCCAUUCUGAGGGUGAACCAAAAGCUUGAUGAUGUAAAAUUAUCAAUCGUUAACUGCGAGAGACAGAAAGACAAAUGCAUUUCAAAAGACAUGUUACUGGUCUAAUGUUUUGUUUAUUUUAUGUAGUAUCGUAUUUCACGAAUAAGUAUGUCCUGUCUGUCUUGAAAUUUACAUAUCCAACCCUAUUUCAGGGAUGGCAGACUUUUAUUGGGGGCCUGCUGCUUCUGCUCUCUGGGAAGCUUGGAUUGGUGGAUAUAAGUGGCUUUCCCAGGUCAGCAGCACUUUCCUGGCUUCCGGGAUCCCUCCUGUUUGUAGGGAAUAUUUAUGCAGGGUCCAGAGCUCUUUCACGCUUGCCUAUCCCUUUCUUCUUCACUCUUCACAAUGCUUCUGAAGUGGUGAAUUGCCUGAUCCUGAAGUUAACCCAGAUGGAGCAAAUUCCAUGGAUGAAGCUAUUAAGUGUGAGUCUGCUGUUGAUGUCGGCCAUCAACCUCCCCCUCUAUGACCCUCAGUUUGACCCUGGUGGUUACAUGUGGGCCCUGGCACAUCUCUUCUGUGUUGGUGCCUAUAGAGUGUUCCAGACACACUUCAAGUCCAGUCAUUUGAGUGACCUUGAACAACAAUACAUCAACUAUUUGUUCAGUGUGUUGCUGUUGGCCUUUGCUGCACACCCUACUGGUGACCUAUUUGGUGCCUUGGAAUUCCCUUUCCUCCUGUCCCCAAGAUUUCACGGUGGCUGUUGUGCCAGUGCCUUGUUGGGUUUUUUCUUGCUGUUGGCAUCAGUCAAACUAAAGAGUGGUUUACCCCUUGAGCACUGCGGGGUCUGGCUCUUUUUGUCCAAGGUGUUUGCUACAUGCCUAUCCCCACUUGUUUUUAACAUUGAAGUUAACACGCCAUCUUUCUGCUGUGUUUUCUUCAGCCAUGUUGGAGAAGCCCUGCUGGUGUACUCUGAAAGUACUUCCCAAGUGCGAUGAGACCUUUGCGAAAGAAACUACUUCUACCUCACUAAAUGUUUCAACGAGUUUACUUGCACUCAAUUUCCCAGUGAUAUUGUUUUGCUUUUGGAACAGAUAUCACAAGAAUGUAUGCUUCAAUUGAGAUUCUUUUUCAUUUACUAUGCCUUUUCUACCACUUGCUGUAAAGCAGAAAUAAAGAUUCUAUAUAUUUCCAUUAAAA